GGAGAGGGACAGAGAGAAGGAUGAAGAGGAGGAGGAGAAGGUGUGGAUAGGACCAAGCCAGGAGAGGGUGCCAGCUCUGACCCAGACAGCCUUGGGGACCCUGACCCGGAGAGACCGUACCUCUGCUCCCAGUGCGGCAAGCGGUUUACUGCAGCCAGCAGCUUGAAGAUACACAUGAUGACCCACAGCGGAGAGAAACCCCACCAUUGUUCCGUUUGCGAGAAGGCCUUCUUGCGAUCCUAUGACCUGAGACGACACCAGGUGGUUCACAAAGGAGAGGUUGCCAGAUCUGACACAGACAUCUCUGAGAAGCACCACCGCUGCUCCGAGUGCGGAAAGAGGUUCCUCACAAAGACGCGGCUGAACAGACAUGCGCUGAUCCACAGCGGAGAGAAACCACAUCAGUGCUCUGUCUGCGGGAAGUGUUUCUUACGACCCGACGACUUGAGGAGACACAUGACCAUCCACACCGGAGAGAAAACCAAGCACGUCUGCCACCCGUGUGGGAAGACAUUCACCUUGCUACGGCACCUCAAGAUCCACCAGCGAGUCCAUACGGGAGAGAAACCAUACCACUGCUCCAAGUGCCCGGAGAGUUUUGCCCACCUGUUGGAGUAUAGGAAGCACAGACAGACCCACCGUAUCGAGAAACCAUACCACUGUGAUGACUGUGACAAGAUGUUCUCCCACUUCAGAACCCUCAAGGUUCAUCGUCUGAUCCACACAGGAGAGAACCUCCACCACUGCUCCUACUGCGGGAAGGGCUUCACGAUCAGAGGGAACCUCAACACCCACCUACUGACCCACACCAAGGAGAAACCGCAUCAGUGCUCCAUCUGCGGACAACGCUUCGCCAGAUCCCAGUGCCUGAAAAAACACAAGCUCAAGAAGUUACACAUGGAAGAGGUCCUCUACCACAUCUGCGAUUGCGGUAAGAGCUUCACGGAUGUAGAGAAGCUGCAGACGCAUGCCAGGACGCACUUGAAGAACCUCGAGAAGAGGUUCUGCUGCUCGUACUGCGGCCGGACGUUCGUACGGGCUGGUGACCUUCAAAGCCACCAGAGAACACACACUGGAGAGAAACCGUACGUAUGCACUAUAUGCGGGACCCGUUUCGCCCAGUCUGGGAACCUGAGGGUGCACCAGAUCACGCACACUAAAGAGAGGCCAUACCCUUGUACUGUCUGUGAUAAGCGGUUCACCACACCGGGGAGUCUGAAGGUGCACGUGAGGCUCCAUACAGGGGAGAAGCCGUAUGUCUGUAGCCUGUGUGGGAAAGGGUUCCAUGUACCCAAAUUGCUGAAGAAACACCAGGAGCAUCACACAAGUGAGAUGACAGCCUCCUUGGACAUGACAUAGGAAAAGCCUACAAUUUUGUCUGGAGGACUUUUAUUUUGGAAAACACAUGUCCUCAAUGGGACCAGUGGCCAGUACUUUAGUCACUGAGGCCUAUCCUUUCUCAAUUCAUCUUUCCUCGAUUAUCUCGCAUCCUCUCUCCUCACCUCCUCAACUGUAUUGGAGGAGAAUAUCUAAAGUCCCUCCCCUCAGACCUUCUCCUCCAAUGAGUUUUGAGAAGAAGCUGGGGAGAGAGAAUGGAAGGACUCGAGGACUGAAAAAAAAUCCAGGUUUCAAUGGCCAAAAGAUUGCUGGUGGUUUCUCUGCUGCUCUCAUGAGCAUCGCUGGGCCUCGGGCAUGUACCAGUGGAAGGUCUACAUUUGAAACCGUCUAUAAAUCCAUUUAAGGACAUGGGUUUUCAAAAUAAAAGUAAUCUGAAAUUGUGCACCAAAUGUGCUUUUCAACGUCUCACUAAUCAUGACUGAAUUUGUAGUGCUUCAUUUAGUGACACAGCCUUCAUAAAGCUUCUCUAGGUUAACGCCAUAUAUGAAUACAGUAAUGAUAUAUAUAAUUAUGUGUUACAUCGUGUUGCCCUCUUUAGGUAGCCUAGUGGUUAAAGCAUUGGGCCAGUAACUGAAAGGUUGCUAGAUCGAAUCCCUGAGCGGACAAGGUAAAAAUCUGUCAUUCUGCCCCUGAGCAAGGCAGUUAACCCACUGUUCCCUGGGCGCCGUAGAUGUCGAUUAUGGCAGCCCCCCCUCACCUCUCUGAUUCACAGGGGUUAAAUGCGGAAGACACAUUUCAGUUGAAGGCAUUCAGUUGUACAACCGACUAGGUAUCCCCCUUUCCAUUAUUGCCAUCGUGGUUAUUAUUUGACCCUGCUGGUCAUCUAUGAACGAUCUGGCCUUAAUGGUCACAUGGACUCUUAAAUCUCUACCCGGCACAGCCAGAAGAGGUCUGGUCACGCCUCGGCGCCUGGUUCCUCUCUACCAGACACAGCCAGAAGAGGACUUGCCACCCAUCAGAGCCUGCUUCCUCUCUACCAGUCACAGCCAGAAGAGGUCUGGUCACCCAUCAGAGCCUGCUUCCUCUCUGCCCGACACAGCCAGAAGAGGUCUGGUCACCCAUCAGAGCCUGCUUCCUCUCUACACGGCACAGCCAGAAGAGGACUGGCCACCCAUCAGAGCCUGCUUCCUCUCUGCCCGACACAGCCAGAAGAGGUCUGGUCACGUCUCGGCGCCUGGUUCCUCUCUACCCGACACAGCCAGAAGAGGACUGGCCACCCAUCAGAGCCCUGCUUCCUCUCUAGGUUUCUUCCUAGGUUUCUGCCUUUCUAGGGAGCUUUUCCUAGUCCCUUUGCUUCUGCCUCUGCAUUGCUUGUUCUUUGUGGUUUUGGGCAGGGUAUCUGCAGGGCACUUUGUGGUUUUAGGCAGGGUAUCUGCAUUUAUGGUCAUGGUAGGCUAUAGUAUUCUAUUUUAACUGCAAUUGUGUUGGUGAUUGUUACCAAGUGCAGCAUUUAUUCCAGUUGAAAUAGUCAAAAUACUUCACUCAACAUUGGAGCUUUUUGUUGUUGACCCCAUGACCCCCAAAGGGUCAGAGUUCAGCCCUGGACAAGAGCACUUUGUGACACCUGCUGAUGUAAAAAGGGCUUAAUAACAUACACAUGAUUUGAUGUGACACAAUGUGAACAUGUCAGUAAAUGUUAUGACAAUAAAUGCUAACUGUGUGAUGUGUUGUUCUUUGUUUGGGGGUUCUCUGAGGAGUGAUC